CGGCACGGGUCACUAUCGGAGGAGCGCACCGCAGACAGAGGUACCGCUAAACUCUCAUAGACGAACAGCUGUGUAUGUGUCCUGCUGGACUCGCUGUUAAUCCUUCAGUAGGUUCGGAUCUAGCAGUCAUUAUCAUCCCGACGCUGGAGACCUGCGGAGACGUUUGGAUAUACUGCGGCAUAUGAGCGUGGGAAUGUGGAUGAUAAAGUUCGCGUUGAUUUGGACCUGCUGGUUCGGAGUACGCGCCGAUUUCGAUAGCAGGUGGCCCAGGCAGAUGGCCUCAUCCAACGGGCUGUGCCGAUACGGCGGCCGCUUCGACUGCUGCUGGGGUUGGACGCGCGUCUCCUGGGGCCAGUGCCAGCCUCUCUACAUCUUAACCCGCAGAGUAAUCGGGAUAAGGUGCCAACCCCAAGCGGUUUGUCAGCACGGAUGUAAACAUGGAGAAUGUGUGGGAACCAACAAGUGCAAGUGUCAUCCAGGUUAUACAGGAAAAACAUGUAACCAAGAAGAGCAGGGCUAUAUUAGCCCCCCAAUAUGGCACCCUCCUGUUUUUGUUCCAAUGGACCACCAGCCGCUGGCGGUGCCCUCAGAGGAUCUGAACGAGUGUGGCCUGAAGCCCCGGCCCUGCAAACACAGGUGCAUGAACACAUACGGCAGCUACAAAUGCUACUGCCUUAACGGAUACAUGCUGCUACCAGACGGGAGCUGUGGAAAUGCCCGGACAUGCGGCAUGGCAAACUGCCAGUACGGCUGUGAAGUAAUGAAAGGAGAGGUUCGCUGCCAAUGCCCUUCGCCAGGUCUACAGCUGGCUCCAGAUGGCAGGACAUGCGUAGAUGUGGAUGAGUGCGCCACAGGUCACGCUGUUUGUCCUCGCUUCCGGAAGUGCAUCAACACCUUUGGAAGUUACAUUUGCAAGUGCCACGACGGCUAUGACCUGCAGUACAUCAACGGGAAAUAUCAGUGCACAGAUGUGAAUGAAUGCUCUUCAGGUCAACAUCAGUGUAGUCCGUAUGCCACCUGCUACAACACACCCGGUUCUUACAAGUGCAAGUGUAAAGAUAACUACAGAGGCAUGGGCUUCGACUGCAAACCCAUCCCAAAAGUGGUCAUCGACCCUCCACGACCAGGAAACAACAACAAGGGUGGCAACAAAAUCCCAGAUUCAGACCACAAGAGGCCCACCACAACAAAGAGACCACCAGUGACGGCCAAACGGAUAUCACCUACUACAACAACCACCAGAACUCCCCCAACUAAAAAAAUCCCUACAGCCAUUACACACAGACCCCUCAUUCCAACCCGCAGACCACCAGUGCUGGUGACCCCUAAACCAAAGAUUCCUACCCGUCUGCCCCCCACCACAACCACCACGAAAGCCCCGGUGGUCACAACAGUGGUCCCUAUCAUCCCGACACGCAGACCCCCCAUACCACCGGUCACCCCAGUCGACAACAACAUCAAAGACAAUGCGCAGAAACAAAGAGGUGAUGUGCACAUACCACGAAAUGAGGGGCAGAACAACAUGUUUGGUAUCGAUAUAGACAUUGAACUUGGAAACACAGAAGAAGAGGUAAAGGACGAUCCAGACAGUGGAUAUCUUAGCUGCUCUUUUGAUCACGGACUCUGUGGAUGGAUCCAGCGUAGAGAGGGAGACCUUCACUGGGAGACGACAGAAGACUCGUCUGGUGGGCGGUACCUGACGAUCUCUGAGGGCGGGGAGAAGCGGGGUGGGCGUGGCGCUCAGCUGAUACUCCCCCUGACUCCGCCCUGGAACGAGGGUAACCUGUGCCUGGCGUUCCAUCAUAAGAUGGCAGGCCAUCACGUGGGCAUGCUGCAGGUGUUCGUACAGAAGGGCCGACAGCACAGUCCCGCAGUCUGGGGUCGAACGGGAGGAGACGGCUGGAGAUCCACACAGAUCACCAUUUGGGGAAAUGGACUAGAAAGUAUUAUAGUAAAGGGUGAACGACGGAGGGGUCGUACGGGUGAAAUAACUCUGGAUGACAUGAGUCUGAGAAAAGGUUCAUGUCAGGAAGAACACAACCUGAGGAGACUUUAACCCCAGUCACAGAGACUUUUAACCCUGGCUUUACUGUUCUUAACAGGACUCUAGGAUAAGGGACACCCCACCGAGCGGGGACAUACCGUACGGUCACGGGCACACUUCCUCUGACCUUCAUGGGUUCCUUCAGAGUGCAUGUUCCAGUUGCCCAUCAAAGUUGUUCUACGUUCAGGUUAAACACAUAACCUAAUGUCAAUUCAUAGGCUAACACGAAAGGUCUAAUACACCAUGGGUUCCUUCAGGAUCCUCGGAUGGGUUUUUAUUUAUGAGUAAAAAAAGAUCUGAAUUUAUCAUUACCUGAAGAUAGUGAGAUUUUGUUUUACAAUAGAAAUGACAAAAUGUGGUGGAUGAAUUUUAAAACUCAUUUCAGUUCUUAUAUGACUAAAGGCUUUCAAAAAACCCAUUAGAGAUUCAAGUGGGAACUCAAGUGUCAAAGAGUUUUACGGCUAUAAACUGAACAGAUAAGUGCUUCAAUUGGAAAAGAUGCCUAAAGAAAAUGUACUUUUGUAAAGUUUAAUUUUGUAAAUGUAGGAUUUAUCUCCCACUUCUAUUUCCGGUGUUAAACCAUUAUACAGAUGUUGCCAUCCCAUAGUAAAUGUUACACAAUCAUCUGCAUAUAGUACGUCCAAUGUUCUCUCACGACCGCUUUUAGAACAGCCCUCAAAACUGUACAGUUCGGCUUAAAUUUGUUAGCCAAGUUAUCUGCGUGGCGAAUUUCUUUUUGGUGUAUUAUUGUAAAUGUAUUCAUAAAUGUGUAUAUAUAAAUAUAUUUCAAAUAUGCUUUGUAGGUGCAUUCAUAUGUGUAUUGAUCAUGUAAGUGAUGCAGGAAAAGGUUUACACAAUCUGACUAUUUUGUUCACAUAUAUUGUUAAAUACAAACCAGUAAACUGAAUUUCUUAAUGGCUGUAUCAGCCAUUCUGUAUUAUUAGCCUAUCACACCCAUGGUUACCCUUUAAAGAAUGUAUGUUAAAUAGGAAAGUAUUUGGUUAAAGGGGUCAUAUUGCGCGAAUACGUGUUUUUCUGUGUCUUUGGUGUGUUAUAAAUGGCCCAUGCAUGUUUUAGACACGUAAAAUUGCAAAAAUUUAAGUAAAAGCGAAUGCUCAACCAGACCUGCCGGAAACGCCUCGUUUAACUGCACCCCCACAAAUCUACAUCAGUUUGUGGUAUGCAUUAACUAAAGCUCGGAGUAUAGUUCCCUUUUCACGCGUAUGCUAGGGACAGUAUACAGUGCCCGUGACGCAAAUUUUGUCAUUUAAAUAGUAUGCCCAUCGCCGAAAUUGUGUUACCUCGCAUACAAAGUCACACAGGUAGCGCAUGUGCUUUCCAUUUCUUGCAGUAACCACCAGGCGGCAACAGUGUCCUGGGAGUAUCAAUUCAAGGUAGUUGAUGAAAAUAUGACCCCUGUAGGCCAGUAGAAAUAUUGCCAUAUGUCAUGAUGUGCAUGCGUCAAAACCCGUGUGUACGCCACAGGUUUAAGACCGCCAAAAUGUAUACUAAAGUAAGGUGGGCUUACCUGUCAGAAAAAUUGCUUUGGAAGCGGAUGUUCCAAAUAUUGUAAGAGAUGGUACAUUUCCAGCACACGCUUGCAGUAUUCGACCAAUCACUACGCACUGGUUAACUGGCCAAUCACAGCACACUUAGCUUUUUCAGAGCUAUGAGCUUUGUAAAAAAUCGACACGUUUCAGAGAAGCGGGGCAAAGAGGAAGGUACGCAUACAUACAUGCACGGUAUGUGGAAAAUACAGCAACUUUUAACAUUAAAUCUUGUAUACACAUUGCAUUAAAUCUGAAACAAAUGAUCAUAUUGGUUUUAGCCAUGUCGUAUGACCCCUUUAAACAUAAAUGAAAUGACUCGACAUUAAAUGAUGUAAACAUAAAAUGUGUUUCCCGUUUACAUUUAUUAGAAAUUUAAUACUUCGAAGUUCCAGACUGACUUGCAGGAAAGGUUAAAUAAAUGUAAAUAAUGUACUUCAUAGUACCUUACAAUAGAAAGUAAAGGGUACUUGAUAAUAAAGUUGCAUAGUAAGAAAAUCUAAGUUUCUAUUUUUAUGUCCUCAAAGCAAUUCAGGUAACACAAAUACAAUGUACAAAUCUAUUUGAUAGACGGUUUCAUUUAAAGCAUGCGCCUGGCCCGAAGUUAACUUCCGGUCUGUUUGUUGAUUGGCUAAUAAUAUUACUAUUUAUAUUUAAUUUAUAUUAAACUUAAUUUGUAUUCAUAUUUGAUUGUAUAAAAAUUGUAUUAAAUAAACAAUUUGUUGAAUUUGAAUGUGUUGAUUUUUAUUAAAUAAACAAUUUGCUGAA